AGAAGUGUCUCACACGAUUACUCUGACAAGGCCUAUCGUUACUUACCCGUAGCUAGUUGAACGGGGUUUCGGCAAGAGCCAUGGCCCUGUGAUCGCCAGCAAGUCAGCGAAUAAUUUUUUUAAAGAAACUAGGAAACGUCGCCGUUGUCGACGCUUUGACUAAACUCCACAUAGUCACAGCGAGGUUUGAACGUUACCCCGCGACUGCCAGCUAGUUAGCUAGCUAAAGACGCAGCUAGCUAUUCGCCAACCAAGCACCUCUAAAUUAAACCCUGGUGUCUGUUUCAAGAUGUCAACAGCGGGGUUCAACUCACAGAAUGGGACAGGGACGGGACAGGCAUAUGCGAAUGGUCCAUCACAGAAUCCAGUUGCCCUUCAGCAACUGCCAGGGGUCAGCUAUGGCAUGACUCACCAACCAACCUACAAUCCAAUGCAGGCCAAAGCUCCCGCACCCCCCGGCCCUGGACUCUACCCCUCAGGGGCAUACCAGCCUGUUCCCCCAGUCAGCUCCUACCAGCCAGGCCCACCACUCACUUCCUACCCAGCUUCCCCAGGCCAGCCGUUGUUGACCAGACCCCCAAUGGGAGGUCCUCCAUCCCAUACCCCUCCUCAGUCUGCCAGCCCCAGCCCUGGUCCAAGGCUGCCCCCUGCACAGGCCACACCCCCUCCUCCUGCUGCAUCUUCUAGUAGCUACUACCCAAACCCCCAGCAGCCUAUGGCCAUGGCUUCCUCGUGGCAGUACAGUACAGCCCCCCCACCAAUGGGAGCACCCACUUCCAUGAGCACGCCUCCCCGUAGGCCUUUGGCAAAUCACGUGAACCCAGCUUCAAGCUCGACAGUGCCGCCGCCACCAUCAUCGGCAGUUUACAGCUCUGCACCACCAGCCCAAGUGUCUCAUAGUGUCACCCAACCUCCAGGCCCUGGGAUGCCCCCCACCUCUUUGCAUGGAUACACACAGCCAGGCACAGCACCUCCACCCAUGAAUCCCAUGGCCUCCCACACAUAUCAGCCAGGUAGACCUGCCUAUGGACCCCCACCUACAGGACCCCUACCCACAGGCCCACCACCAGCCAUGAAACCUACUCCACCUCCCACUGGGCCCCCAGUGGCCAAUGCCACUCCAUCACCCCCCAGAGCUGAUGGAACUGUGGCUGGCAAUGGCCCCCAAGCAUCAAACAGCUAUAAUCAUGUUGACAACAAAACGGCUGGCCUGCCACAGCCCGGACCACCUGGUCGGCACUUGGGCCACUACCCCUCCCUCCCCCCUGGGUACCAGAACACCACAGCUCCCCACAAUGCCACCUCCCCAGUGCACCCUGCGAUGCAAGCCGCCACGCAGCCUUACACUCAAGCACCUCAGCCAUACCAGCAGCCACCUGGUGGCCUGGGGCCGGCCCAGCUGAGCCCGUCCUUGGCGGCCAUGAGCCUCCAGUCCAGCACCCCAGAGGCCCUGAGAGUGGUCAACCUGCUGCAGGAGAGGAACCUGCUGCCGCCAAGCCCGAUCCCUGCCCCGACACCCUGCCUGCCCCAGGACCUGCAGAAGAUUAACUGCAACCCAGAGGUUUUCCGUUGUACGCUGACCAGCAUCCCUCAGACCCAGUCUCUGCUCAAUAAAGCCAAGAUGCCGCUGGGCCUGCUGCUCCACCCCUUCAAAGACCUCUCGCAACUUCCUGUGGUGACAUCCAGCACCAUCGUCAGAUGUCGGUCCUGCAGAACCUACAUCAACCCCUUCGUUUCUUUCCUGGACCAGAGGAGGUGGAAGUGCAACCUGUGCUAUCGGGUCAAUGAUGUUCCAGAGGAGUUUAUGUACAACCCAGUCAGCAGAUCAUAUGGUGAACCACACAAAAGACCCGAGGUCCAGAAUGCAACUAUUGAGUUCAUUGCUCCUUCAGAAUACAUGCUGAGGCCACCACAGCCUGCUGUUUACCUCUUCGUUCUGGACGUAUCCCACAAUGCAGUGGAGACAGGCUACCUGAAUGUGUUCUGUCAGUCACUGCUCGACAACAUCAAUGCGCUUCCCGGAGACUCGCGGACAAAGGUAGGCUUCAUCACCUUCGACAGCACCAUCCACUUCUACAACCUGCAGGAGGGGCUUUCCCAGCCUCAGAUGCUCAUCGUGUCAGACAUCGAAGAUAUCUUUUUACCAACACCAGACGGCCUUCUAGUAAACCUCAAUGAAUGCAAAGAACUUGUGCAGGAUCUGCUGAAGAGUCUGCCAACUUUAUUUGAAAAGACCAUGGAGACCCAGUCUGCCCUAGGAUCAGCUCUCCAAGCAGCCUUCAAGCUGCUGUCACCCACCGGAGGGCGCAUGUCUGUCUUUCAGACGCAACUGCCCAGUCUCGGUGUGGGGACACUUCAGUCCAGAGAGGACCCCAACCAGCGGGCAUCUGCCAAGGACAUCCAGCACUUAUCCCCAGCGACAGACUUCUACAAGAAGCUGGCUCUGGACUGCUCUGGCCAGCAGGUGGCUGUUGACCUGUUCCUGCUCAGCGCUCAGUACUGCGACUUGGCAUCGCUUGGCUGCAUAUCCAGAUACUCAGCAGGAAGCGUUUACUACUACCCUUCCUACCAUCACCAGCACAACUUCGCUCAGGUGGAGCGCUUCCAGAAGGACCUGAAGAGAUACUUAACCAGGAAGAUCGGCUUCGAGGCUGUCAUGAGGAUACGCUGCACCAAAGGUCUAUCCAUCCACACGUUCCACGGAAACUUCUUUGUGCGCUCCACAGAUCUGUUGUCCCUCCCUAAUGUGAACCCAGAUGCUGGCUUUGCAGUUCAGAUGUCCAUUGAGGAAAACCUGGACGACAUGCAGGUUGUCUCUUUCCAGGCCGCCCUGCUGUACACCUCCAGCAAAGGAGAGAGGAGGAUCCGUGUCCACACCUUGUGUCUCCCUGUGGUCAAUUCUCUGUCAGACAUCUUUGCUGGAGCCGAUGUUCAAGCUAUUACUGGGCUGCUGGCUUGCAUGGCUGUGGAUCGUUCAGUGACGGCCAGUCUGAGUGACGCAAGAGACGCAAUGACCAACGCUGGCAUUGACUCGCUGUCAUCAUACCGGCAGUCUGUGCUGACCAUCCAGCAGCCCGGCCUGCUGGCCCCGGCCUGCCUCAGACUCUUCCCCCUCUACAUCGUCGCCCUGCUCAAACAGAAAGCCUUCAGGACAGGCACCAGCACCAGGCUGGAUGACCGAGUGUUUGCCAUGUGUCAGUUGAAGUACCAGCCACUGGCCUACGCCAUGCUGAUGAUCCACCCUGCUCUGUAUCGUAUCGACGAUCUGACCGAUGAGGGAGCUUUGAACAUCAACGAGCGGACCAUCCCUCAGCCCAGAGUGCUGCAGCUGUCUGUGGAGAAGCUCAGCAGGGAGGGAGCUUUCCUCAUGGAUGCUGGAACAGUGAUGUAUCUGUGGAUUGGACGGAACUGCCACCCCAACUUCCUCACACAAGUCCUGGGAGUUCCCAGCUAUGCUGCCGUGCCUGAUAACCUGUAUCUGCUCCCAGAGCUGGACACUGCCGAGUCGCAGAGAACUAGAGCUUUCAUCGGUUGGUUGAGGGAUCAGAGGCCGUUCUUCCCCUCUCUGCAUGUCAUCAGGGACGAGAGCCAGCUGAAAGCCAGCUUUAUGCAGAACAUGAUUGAGGACCGAACAGAGUCGGCCCUGUCGUACUAUGAGUUCCUGCUCCACCUCCAACAGCAAAUCUCCAAAUAAUCUUCAGUGGGAUUGUGGAGAUGAGGGAACACUGAAGCAAGGACGCACAUCAGUGUAUGUGUGUGCGUAUAUAUGUAUAUGCUGUGUGUGUGUGUGUGUGUGUGUGUGUGUGUGUGAGAGAGAGAGAGAGAAAGCAGUGGGAGGCAGACUCAAGGAUGCCUCUUGCUCCAUUUCCAGCUGUGGUCCCCCAUCUCUCUAAGGAAAACCUUCUAAGCUGAACUGAUGUGAAACCAUGUGACGGACAGUACAAGGACAGAGUGAGACGUAGAAUCAAUUCUGAUGCUUUUUUGGCACUUUUUACCCGGCUGAAACAAUGUGCUGGAAGGAAAAUAAAAAUCAAGAAAUCCACAGCGAUGAUGAUGAUGAUUGUGACUGUGUCAGUGAUCGAAUGGAUCAGUGUUUAUUCUCAUAGAACAAUGCUGUCUGACUGAGGUAUUGUUCAGAUAGGUGCAGCAAAUGAUGUGUGAAGUGUUUUUUUUUUUUUUUAAAAAGCACAGUCGUCUUUACUAAAACAAAUCAAAGGUAUGGAUGGAUGGAUGGAUGGAUGUCUGCUUAAGGGUAGAGUUAUAAGGAAGGUUCGUAUGUCUGCGCUUAAAGACUGUUAUUGGGUGUCACCUGGAGUAUUUGUAUACAGAACACCUGAGGCUCUAACAACACUCUAAUGUCGUACCUGGAGGACAGAACAUGUGCUUUUUAUUUCUCAGUCAUUAUAAUUGUUUGUCGAACAAAUCCGUAAACUCUGAAAUGUUAAAGGUGUUUGAAGGCAGAUCAACCCCACUGUCAUCGCUGCCUUGAAUGUGUGGACUCCACAGUGGAAAGUCGUUUUCAUUGGUCCGAUCUGUCCUUCAGAAAUCGUCUUUUCUCUCUCUGGACAUUCAGAACACCUCUGAUGACAUCACUGUUCUGCUUGUUUGUUUAUUUCUUUCUUUUUUUUCAGAUUGUUUAAUUUAUGAGACUCCCAAUCUGAUUAAAUUCUAUAAUUGCCUUGUAUGGGAACUCACUUUUUAUUAUUAAACCUCUGUUCAAAUGCA